AUGGAGAGCGAGGGUAUCCAGAAGGAUAUAGCAAUGUUAAAAAGAAGGCGUGGGGUAAUAAAAGGUUCACUUACCAGGAUCCGUAACUUUAUUAGAGAUUUUAAUCCAAGAGAUCAACCCAUAUCUCUGUUAGAAUUUCGCCAAGACGAGCUACCUCAAAUUAACAAGAAAUUCGACGACGUACAAUCUCAAAUUGAUUUAAUCUCAGAGGACUUUGAGCAAGAAGAGCAGGAACGUAACACAUUUGAAACCGAAUAUUUUCAUAUAAGAUCUCAGAUACAGGAAUUAGUUAACACAGAAAAGUCGUUUAAUAGUUAUACAGUGCAUAAUAUAUCGACUGAGACUGCAUGCUCCUCGAAUCGAGUCCGUCUAGCUCCUAUAUCGCUUCCUAGCUUUAAUGGCGAUAUACAGGAAUGGGCAUCUUUUUUUGAUUGUUUUUCUGCGCUAGUUCAUAAUGAUGAUAGCUUUUCUGCCGCGCAAAAAUUUCAUUAUCUACGUACGAGUUUAGGCGGUACAGCAUUGGAUAUGAUAAGAGCUAUACCUAUGACGGAAGCUAAUUACAACAUAGUGAUUGAGCGACUCAAACAGCGAUAUGCCGCCUUGAAAGCACUCAAUCAGCCAAUUGAUCAAUGGGAUGCUUGGUUAGUUACAAUAGUUACAGGAAGACUAGAUAUAGCUACUGCACAGGCUUGGCAGUUAAGUUUUCAGGAUACUGAGCUCCAGAGGUAUGAAGAAUUGGAAAAAUUUCUAAUAGGACGAUGUACAGCAUUCGAGACCACCGAAGCGUGGAAUACAGAAUCUAGUGAAGAAAAGGGGUCAGUUAUGAAGAAAUUUGGUAAGGUUACAAACAUGAAGAGAGCAUUAGUCGCAACAGAAUCGAAGAAAGUAAUUACUUGCGCUUGCUGCUCAGGAAAUCACAGACUAUUUCAUUGUGAACAAUUUAAGGAAUUAGACUUAUCCGCUCGUAUGAACUUAGUGCGACAGUCUCGUUUUUGUUUUAAUUGUCUUGGACCAUUUCAUGCUGCAGAUACCUGCAGAUUCAAGUUCUCGUGUCAGAAAUGUAAGCUUAAGCACAAUACUUUGUUGCAUUAUGAAAAGGUCGAUGAAUCUCAAGGUCCAAAUAACACAGAGCGACGUGCCUCCUGCUUAGUUACAUCCAUUACACAACCGCAAAUAUCAGUACUCAUAAGUAAUGUAACCAAACAUGUAUUUUUGGUAACUGCUAUCGUUCACGUAAAAGACAAGUUUGGAAGGCUGCGUGAGUGUAGAGCUUUACUUGAUAGUGGAUCUCAGAUAAACUUCAUCUCUAAGAGUUUAUCAAACUUGCUCCAACUACCAGGAAGGAAAAGCUCUCUUCCGAUAUGUGGUAUCGGUGCUAAUCAAGUUCAAGCAGCGUCUUGCAUUGAUCUAGCAAUUCAGUCCAGAACAAGUGAUUAUAAGGUGGAUUUAACUUGCUAUGUGUUACCAAGUAUUGUUUCUGACCUAGCCGCUUGUCCCACACCCAAGGAGGGGUGGAAGAUUCCGGAAGAGGCAUUACCCCAACUUGCAGAUCCAGAAUUCUAUAAGAGAAGACCUGUUGAUUUACUCAUAGGUGGCGGCGUGUUCUUUGAUAUCUUAGGAAUGGAGCGAAGAUCAUUCAAUUUGGAAGCACUAUGGUUGCAAGAUAGUCAGUUUGGAUGGAUUGUUACCGGUGAACUUCGUGCCACAUGCUUAGUCGGUGUCAAUUCCUUUGGUGCAUCUCUAGAAACUGAUUGGAAGGCUAUACACCUAGAAGAAGAUAUGAUCUAUGGUCGAUUGUCUAAAACAAAUGCCAAAAUUUUAGAAGAAAAAGAAGUUGUGCAACAUUAUCAUAGUACUGCAAUCCGCGACGCUGAUGGUCGCUUUGUUCUUCGAUUACCAAUAAAAAUGAACGCGGAUAAACUUGGAGACAGCAUAACAAUGGCAACAUCACGAUUUCUGAGUGUGGAAAGACGAAUACAAAAGGAUCCAUACCUACGCACAGAAUACAUAAAGUUUAUGCAAGAAUAUUUAGAGAUGGGACACAUGCAGGAAGUUUGCAAUGAACCAACCAUUCCCUCGAAUUCAUAUUACUUGCCACACCACGCUGUUCAAAAAACCUCAAGCCUAACUACAAAGGUAAGAGUAGUUUUCGAUGCUUCCGCUAAGUCCUCUUCAGGUAUAUCACUCAACGAUAUAUUAAUGCGCGGCCAAACGGUCCAGGAGGAUUUAUUUGCAAUAUUGACUAGGUUUAGAAGACACCAACAUGUGAUAACAUCAGAUAUUGAAAAUAUGUUCCGUCAGGUUGCCAUAGCCGAACCUGAUUGGGAUCUUCAACGAAUUUUAUGGUGA